ACUGUUUAGUUCGUCGAGCAUGACCCUCCUUCGAUGCAGGAUCGUGAAAAGCAACGCAAAAGUUACAAUGGCUACAGCAGCUCCUCCAGAGGUAAUUCCGAUCACUAGGAGCUUUGGAGUGUCUGACGAUGAGUUGUCAACAGGCAGCAACCUGGAGUAAUUCUGGUACUUCAGAAAGCCGAACAGUUGCUGAGUCUUGUUCGAGUCUACCGUCAAGCUUCCCAGGACGUCUUCUAUGAAAAAGCAAUUCUGGAGCGCCUGGUCGAAAAAGAACGCCGCACAGGAGCAAGUGGAUUUGCAUUGCUCGAGGCAAUCUUGCAUUGCAGCGCCUGUUCUAUCGGGAGGGUUGAAAGUGUUGGCGAAGUACGAUGCACCUGCGAGUGUUACAAAGUCGGUCUCGUACCUGGAGCUGCAGUUUGCAAGAGAAGACCAUUCUGGCUGGGCACAACUUCCAAGUGCUGAGGUAGUAGAGUUGUUUGCUUCGUUGGUCAGGCACUGACACUGCUUUCCUUUCUCGAGCAGCCCAUAGCUCCCGCAUGGCGCUGGCGGUGGAAAGAACUGACUCGUGCUAUCGAGCUCCCAGCUUCCAUUUGCCAACUCUCGCCUGUAUGAAACCAUGGUCCCAUCAUCGGCAAGCUGGAAAUACCUCAUUGUGGUGUUCCCUGGGAAUAUUUCCCCGGACAGUGGAGAGCCACACGGCUGUUCGUUACCACCAACACGAAGAGGUUACACUGGGCGAGCCAAUUUGUGAUCCGACGAAGCUCCACAACAUCUUCUGGUUUGGCAUCAGUGCGCUCCAUGGGCGAUCAAAGGAACUCCAUACCGGGGUCUCAGAUUCAUCGAAGAGCUGCAAGUUCCCGGAAUUCUGAAUGCCGAUAUAGGCAACGCUUUCGCUUGGAGACCAUGCCACUGUUGAGGUAUACGCUCUCUAUGACAUGAUCCUAGGUGGCAGGAGUGCCACUUCAUUGAUCCAGGUGUAGGCUAGAGGUGUGUCUCUUCAUCAUGUAUAUAUAGCUAUGAUAUAUACGACUA